CCUAGAAGCAUUUCCUCUCCAGAGUCCACAUUCCCUGUAAAUUUCUCCCUGUUGGCCACCGUGCGAGCCAGAAAGGGAUCGCAGUCAUUUCUACUGUCUGUGUAUGACGAACAUGGGGUGCAGCAGCUGGGGCUCGAAGUGGGCCCUUCGCCCGUCUUCCUGUAUCAGGGCCGGGCAGCCGGGCAGCCCACAACAUAUCCCACGUUCAAGGACGUCAACCUGGCCGAUGGAGAGUGGCACAGGAUAGCCUACAGCGUACAGGGCCAGUCCGUCACACUCUUUUUGGACUGUCACAUGGUCGAGACGCUGACGCUAACACGAGGAGACGACAGAGACGUCAGCACGGAGGGCAUUGUUGUCUUUGGAUCACGACUACUGGAUGAAGGAGUAUUUCAGGGAGAAAUUCAACAACUACUGAUUGAUGAUGACCCCCAGGCCGCUGCUGCUUACUGUAUCAACUACAUGGUAGACUGUGACUCCGCUUUGCAUCAGAGCAGCCAAGCCCUGGACCUUCAGGGGAAGUCCCAACUGGACCAGACGGAAGAACAGCAAGCCAAAGAGGGCAGGAAGGGCAAAAAGAACAAAAAGAAGAGGGACAAGGGCUCGAAAGGUAAAGGCAAACGUAAAGGCAGGGGGAAGGGCAAAGGCAAGGGGAAGGGCAAGAAGAAGGGAUCUCGGAAGAAAAAACUCGAGGAAACUUUGGACGACGGCUUCAUUAGCGUGUCUACGAUGCCGCCCGAGUAUCUCUCCCAAGAGCCUUUUUUGGACAUAAAACGCGCUGAAGAAACAGUCGGUCCCACUAAAACCUACGAGGACGUGCCCCUUGUGGAGACGCCUUCGUAUGAACCAUCAACAGAAGCCCCUUCGCCAGGCAGCAUAGCCGAAGUUCACAUUGAGGAGCCGGAGCCGGCGAAGAGCCCAGAGUUGGACAACGGCGAUGACCUUUACGGCAACCUCGUUGACGACCUUGCCGUUACCAUCGUAAGAGCGGGCACGAAUAUUACACACUCUGAGGUCCUCGAACAUGACGACUACAAUGACACCAAGUCUGAGUAUGAGGAGUAUGAAAUCUACGACGAAGGCUACGAUUUUGCACUGCGAGAAGGAGCCGAGACAUGGCAAGGAACGGGAAGACUACCGACUGAGAAAGGAGAGAAGGGCGAACCUGGGGUAUUCGAGCCGGGGGCGCUAGUGGAAGGACCGGCAGGCCUGCCAGGACCGGAGGGACUUCCUGGUCCAGUUGGACCAAUUGGCCCCCCAGGACCCAGAGGAGACCCUGGGAAAAUGGGUCCUGCAGGACGUCCCGGCCUUCCUGGGGUUGACGGAAUUCCAGGACUACAAGGAACCAUGCUGAUGCUACCUUUCCAGUAUAGAUUUGAUUCCCAAAAGGGGCCGGCGGUGUCCCCCCAGGAGGCCCAAGCGCAAGCUAUUAUUCAACAGGCUCAGCUGUCUAUGAAUGGACCUCCAGGUCCGAGGGGUCUUACAGGGCGACCAGGCCCUCUGGGUGCUCCAGGACCAGCUGGCCACAAAGGAAACGUUGGCGACCCGGGCCCUCCGGGACCGCAAGGAUUGCCAGGACUUCAAGGAAGCAACGGAAAACCAGGAAAAAGGGGGUACGCUGGAACAGAUGGAGGACGUGGAGCUCCAGGUGAAACUGGUGUGAAGGGUGAUCGAGGUUUCGAUGGCCUACCAGGACUCCCAGGAAACCAGGGACACAAAGGGGACAGAGGAAAGCCUGGUCCUCAGGGGCCUGCCGGAGAGCCGGGAGAAAAGGGGCCAGUUGGACCUGUUGGCCCGAGAGGGCAACCUGGUGAACCUGGUGCGCGGGGUCUUGUUGGGCCGAGAGGGCCACCGGGACCACCUGGCCAACAGGGUGUCCAAGGAACAGACGGGCCCCAGGGGUCAAAGGGAAACCAGGGUCCACACGGAGAAAUAGGACCUGCGGGACAACAAGGAAAUCCUGGACUACAGGGAUUGCCCGGCCCCCAGGGUCCCAUCGGGUUGCCGGGAGAGAAGGGUCCGCAGGGGAAACAAGGCAUGCAAGGACUACCAGGCAUUGAUGGACAACCUGGUCACCCAGGAAGAGAAGGACCCCAAGGAGAGAAAGGCACCCAAGGAAUGCCAGGAGCCCAGGGGCCGAUCGGGUACCCGGGGACCCGCGGCGUCAAGGGAGCAGAUGGCAUCAGAGGCCUAAAGGGUGGCAAAGGAGAGAAGGGAGAGGAUGGCUUCCCUGGCUUCAAAGGUGACAUGGGCCUCAAGGGAGACAGUGGAGACAGUGGGCCUCCAGGUCCUCGUGGAGAGGACGGAACGGAAGGCCUAAAGGGCCAACACGGAGCCAUGGGGGAUUUAGGACCUCCUGGGACCGCUGGAGAGAAGGGUCACCUCGGAGUGCCAGGACUGCCUGGAUACCCAGGACGUCAAGGGUCAAAGGGAUCCAUUGGCUUUCUCGGGGCAGGAGGAUCCCCAGGAGAGAAAGGACGAAGGGGUCCAGCUGGCCAACCUGGAUCUGGAGGUGAAAGAGGUCCUAACGGAGCCCGAGGAGAAAGAGGAGCAAGAGGUCCCACGGGGAAGCCUGGAGAAAAGGGUUCGUCCGGACAAGAUGGUCCUCAAGGAUCCCCUGGAGAACAGGGUCCCCAAGGCCCACAAGGAAUGCAUGGUGCAACAGGACCAAAAGGACCAAGUGGUCCCCCUGGAAAAGAUGGAGUUCCAGGUCAUCCUGGCCAGAGAGGGGAACCAGGAUUCCAAGGCAAAAAUGGUCGCCCUGGUCCCCCGGGUGUUGUCGGACCACAGGGCAAGACUGGUGAAACGGGGCCAAAUGGUGACAGGGGCCAUCCGGGCCCACCAGGCCCACCGGGCGAGCAAGGAUUACCUGGAUCGGCCGGAAAGGAGGGAGCCAAGGGGGACCUGGGCCCACCGGGAGCACCAGGAAAGAGUGGCCCUUUAGGGAUCCAGGGAUUUCGGGGAAGCAGAGGCCUCCCUGGUGCAGCGGGUCCUGCAGGCUUAAAAGGAGGAGAGGGUGUACCUGGAAUUGCGGGACUAAUUGGUGCCACCGGAGAGCGGGGUCCCGCAGGGUCAGCGGGUGGUAUUGGGCUGCCAGGACGGCAAGGCAGUGUGGGCCCCGCUGGGCCGAUGGGAGAGAAAGGCGAACCAGGAGAGAAAGGAACCACCGGGCCAGCUGGGCACGAUGGGGAACAAGGACCCGUUGGACUUCCAGGACCUGUGGGACCACAUGGGCCUCCAGGAGAGGACGGAGACAAGGGUGAGACAGGAGGACCCGGCCAGAAGGGAAGCAAGGGAGACAAAGGAGAAGCAGGACCCCCAGGACCUAUUGGCAUUCAAGGACCCGUGGGCCAGCCAGGAAUGACUGGGGCAGAUGGUGAGCCGGGGCCUCGUGGGCAGCAGGGAAUGAAUGGAGCCAAAGGAGAUGAAGGACUGAGAGGCUUUAAGGGAGCAACGGGUCCCACGGGCCUACAGGGAAUGCCAGGACUGGCGGGAGAGAAGGGGGAAAGUGGGCAUGUGGGCACUCUGGGACCCCCAGGACAGCACGGACCCCGAGGCCCCCAGGGGCUAAUUGGUGCUGAGGGCACAGCUGGAACGCCAGGCGGAGUUGGUCAACCUGGACCGACUGGAGAGAAGGGUGAGGACGGCGAGGCCGGUAAUCCAGGACUAGUUGGAAAGUCUGGCCCCGCUGGCGUUAAAGGAGACAUAGGGGAGAAGGGCGACUCUGGAGCAUCUGGUGCGGCAGGACCUCCAGGAAUUAGAGGACCACCGGGAGAGGAUGGACCCAAGGGCAAUAUUGGUCCUGUUGGAUUCCCAGGAGAUACGGGACCACCUGGAGAAACUGGUGUCACUGGACAAGAUGGUGGACCUGGGCCUAAAGGUGAUGACGGAGAAACAGGCAAAGCGGGAGCCCCAGGAGCCUCUGGAGAGCCAGGUCCUCCAGGACCUCCGGGACGGAGGGGUCACGUGGGUGCCGCAGGACUUGAAGGCAAGCAAGGAAUGAAAGGGGCCAAGGGAACAACAGGUAGCCAGGGCCCAGUGGGUAAGACGGGCCCUGUGGGGGCGCAAGGUCAUUCAGGGAGGUCUGGCCCAGAUGGACUUCACGGCAUCCCAGGCCCCGCGGGUGAGCAAGGGUUAACUGGUCCACAGGGACAAACCGGACCACCUGGGCCAAUGGGACCACCGGGACUUCAAGGAUUGAAGGGGGACCCUGGAAUAGAUGGAGAAAAAGGUCAUGGUGGGCUACUUGGGCUCGUAGGCCCUCCUGGAGAACCUGGUGAGAAGGGGGACCGAGGCCUGCCUGGUAUUGAUGGAACACACGGGCCUAAAGGAGAUGAGGGUGUGACUGGCCCACCUGGUCCCACCGGACCACCAGGACCACCUGGUCUGUCAGGUGCUGGUGGAGAAAAAGGUUCCAAGGGCAACAUGGGUGCCAUUGGUCCCAGAGGUGAUCCAGGCCCUAUUGGCUUUCCAGGACCCCCAGGACCACCUGCUACGGUGGUGCAACCGUUGCCGAUGCGGGAGGGCAGGAAGAAGAAAAGACGAAACUCGUCGAGAGAGGAGGAGGCGCUUAUCAAUAUGGAAGACUACCUGCAAGCAGAUCAGCCUUUAGGAGGAGAGGAUGGAAUGGAAGAAGUCUUUGCAACGCUUUCCUCCAUGAAAACCGAGGUGGAGUUGAUGAGGAGGCCCCUGGGGACCUUCGAGAGCCCGGCACGCACCUGCAAGGAGCUCAUGGUGGUUCAACCGGAUUUCAAAGAUGGAGACUACUGGAUUGAUCCUAACCAAGGGUGCAACCGUGAUGCCUUCAAGGUCUACUGCAACUUCACGGCUGGCGGAGAAACCUGCCUGGACCCCGACGAGAAGAUUGAAAUGGUGAAAUUAGCGGGGUGGAGCAAAGAGAAACCAGGAGGCUGGUACAGUCAGUACAGAAGAGGCAGGAAGUUCUCCUACAACGACAUGGACGGCAACACCGUGCAAGUGGUCCAGCUGACCUUCCUCAAACUACUGAGCGCCACGGCCAAGCAGCGCUUCACAUACAUGUGCCAGAACUCGGCAGGGUGGUAUGACGGCACGUCGCACUCCUACCGCCACGCUGUGCGCUUCCGGGCCGGCAAUGACGAAGAGUUGACGCAGGCCAAAAGCUCCUUCAUCUACGCUGUGUACGACGGAUGCCAGGUACGUAAAGGUCAGGAAAGUACCAUUCUGCAGAUGGACUCCCCUUCGGCUGAGCUGCUGCCCAUUAUGGAUGUGUCCGCAACAGACUUUGGCAACAGCAACCAAAAGUUUGGAUUCCAAGUUGGACGCGUAUGCUUCGCUAGCUGAACAGACCAACCACCACCAAUAGGAUUUUUUUUUU